CAAAGGUGAGGCUUCAAUCUUAAAAAUUUAUUUGCAGGAUAAAUUCCCUAUGGGCAAUUUGGUAAAUUUAGUAUAGAAUGAAACAAUAACCACAUAGAUCGAAAUGGAAUAUUGACUGUCCUCGAUGAUACGAUGAAGCAACAGGUUUAAUUAUACUAUUGCUUUUAUUUCUUCUUAAGCAUGGCCCUAUAUAUGUGACAUUUGUUUAUGCAAUUUUAUUAAUUCAUUCAUUUUUUUUUUCAUAUUUCUUCCAGCUCUUUCAAUUUAUUUACUGAUGUACAUGACAAUUGACUAUGGUAAGAAUCUUCUCUCCUUUGAUCUUCGCUAGUUUUUUUCUUUUUCCUUUUUAGCCGAUCACUCUAUAAACUAUUAAGCAUGAAUUAAUUUAUAACAUGUGGCCAAAAUGAAAAUUUUAAUUAUUACCUGAAAAAGAUAACAAGUAUUGUACUUAAUUACUACGAUCUAUAUAUACUAAAUUAAAUAAAUAUAUAUUUACAGCAAUGCAACAACAUGUUGGCUUACAAUCCUUACUUUGGUGAUGUUCUUCCAUAUAUAGGACUAAUAUUCCAAGUUCCAAAAACGAUAUUGGGGACUCCAUUUGUAAUUGCAUUCUUGAUAUAUAAAUGGCGUAGGAGGCAUUUAUCCAUGUAUGAUGUUGUCGAAGAAUUUCUACAAAGUCACAAUAACCUCAUGCUAAUAAGGUACUCUUAUUCCGAAAUAAAGAAGAUUACCAAAAGUUUUGAGGAGAAAUUGGGUGAAGGAGGUUAUGGCACUGUAUUUAAAGGAACACUUUGAAGUGGUCGUCUUGUGGCUAUAAAGAUGUUAGGUAAGUCCAAAGCUAACGGACAAGAUUUUAUAAGCGAAGUUGCAACCAUUGGAAGGAUUCACCAUGUUAAUAUAAUGCAACUCAUUGGUUUUUGCGUUGAAGGAUCGAAACGGGCUCUUGUAUAUGAGUUCAUGCCUAAUGGUUCCCUAAAUAAAUACAUAUUUUUGUCAGAAGUACACACGCUCCUAAGCUAUGAUCAAAUGUUUGAUAUAGCUCUAGGAGUGGCUCGUGGGAUUGAAUAUUUACAUCAAGGAUGUGAGAUGCAAAUUUUACAUUUUGAUAUCAAGCCUCACAACAUUCUUCUUGAUGAAAAUUUUACUCCCAAGGUUUCUGACUUUGGAUUAGCAAAAUUAUAUCCAACAAAUGACAGCAUUGUUUCUUUGACUGCUGCAAGAGGGACAUUAGGAUACAUGGCUCCUGAGUUGUUCUACAAAAAUAUUGGAGGCGUCUCAUACAAAGCUGAUGUUUAUAGUUUUGGAAUGUUAUUGAUGGAAAUGGCCGGUAGAAGAAAGAACGUAAAUGCAGUUGCAGAACACUCAAGCCAAAUAUACUUCCCUACUUGGGUUUAUGACCAAUUGCAAAAUGGAAACGACGUAGAAAUAUUGGAAGAAGCCACAGAAGAGGAAAAGAAAAUAGGGAAGAAGAUGAUCAUUGUUGUAUUAUGGUGUAUACAGAUGAAGCCUAAUGAUCGCCCUUCAAUGAACAAAGUUGUUCAAAUGCUUGAAGGAGAAGUUGAAUGCUUACAAAUGCCUUCCAAGCCUUUCCUUUCAGCACUAGAUGAAACCGUAAUAGGUGGUGGAGAGAAUUCGAAUCAAUCAAAUGAAUCAAGUCAAUCAUCUCAAUUUUAAAUGCAAAUUAAUUUAUGUAUGAGUCUUUUUGAUUUAUUAUAUCCAUGUUUAAAAAGAAAAUUAGUUUUCUCAUAUAUAUUUGAUAGCGCAAAGAUGCUUAGUAUUUCUAUGUAACAAAUAAGAGUUUGUU